AAAAUCAAGUAAACAAAUAAAAAUUCUCCCUAUUUGAAACACACAGUCACAGAAACAGGCGAGGUAUAACAAAAAAAAAAAAAAAAACCGAAACACAGAACACACAUUUACUAGAUUAUUAUCUUUUCUUCAUUCUUCAUAACCUCUUCCGUCAAAAAACAAGCAGUACCAGCGGAAUCAACGAACUAAACGACGUCGUCAAGAGAAUCUCAAAAAAUCUUCGAGGAUCCCUGAUAUGUAAAACUUGUCACAAAGCAGUAUGGGAAACAAUGCGUUUGAUGGACAAGAAUUGUCGGAGAAGUUGCGGAAGCUCAACAACUCACAACAAAGCAUUGAAUCGGUAUCCCGAUUGUGUGUUUCUCACCGGAAGAGAGCAAAAGAUAUAGUUGAAACAUGGAAUAAAUUGUUCAGUUCUUCCCAUAAAGAUCAGCGCGUCCCUUUUCUGAACUUGGCUAAUGACAUCUUGCAAAAUAGUAGGCGGAAAGGAAAUGAGUUCGUUAAUGAAUUCUGGAAAGUUCUUCCAUCAGCUCUCAAGCGUGUUUAUGCAAGUGAUGAGCCGGGAAAGAAAGCAGUAAUCAGACUUAUUGACAUAUGGGAAACCAGAAAGGUUUUUGGUUCGCGGGCUCAGGGUCUCAAGGAUGAAAUAAUGAGCAAGAGUUCGCUUCCAUCAUCUGCAAGCAAUGGAAGGAAUUCAAAUCCUAUCAAGAUAUCUAAGAGGGACGGCCACUCAUUGAGAUUAAAACUAGCUAUUGGAUGUUUGCCAGAAAAAAUACUAUCAGCAUUGCAUUCUGUGAAUGAAGAACAUCCUAAUGAGGAAGCUGCCUUGAACAAGUGUAAUGCUGCUGUUUGUCAAGUGGGUAAACUUGUAGAAGAUGUUGAAAGUACAUUGUCUCAAGGAAAUCAGCCGGGAUCCACAUUGGUUGAUGAUUUGCAACAGCAAGAAAAGGAGCUUAAACAAUAUACGGUGCAACUUGAAAAUGGUGAGGCUGCCAGGGCUACUUUGCUUUCCCAGCUUAAAGAAGCACUGCAGGAACAGGAAUCAAGGCAAGAACUUGUUCACUCUCAAUUGCUAGUUGCAAGAGAUCAGAUUGAGCGGGUAGCCAGUAUCCGGACGAGGUUUAGCCAAGCAACAGAAGCCACAAGGGUGCCGGAACAAAAUAUUCCAUCUGUUCAACCAAACAGCACCCCUCCUGUACAAAAUACCGUGGAAGAUAUGAAAGCAACAGUAGCUGCUGUUGCUGCUAGGCUUGCUGCCUCUACAUCCUCAGCUUUCAUGCUUUCAACUGCUCUUUCUUCCCUUGUUGCUGAAGAAGCUGCCUCCAUGAAUGGUAGCUUGAACUCUUCUGAAUUUAAUUCGGCUCCACCUGGUUUCCAUCUAGAGAAAAGACCCAAACUUGAACAGAAAAUGCCUGUUUCUGAUAUCAAAAGUUCUGAUAUCAAGAGCUCUUCUUUUUUCGCCCCUUUACAACAACCUUCUGCAACAAAUAUGCCAUUGCCAACACCGACCAUGGUAUCCAUAUCACAAACCAAUCAAUUACAAGGUGCAUUUUCUUCAGCCUUCCCUCCCCCUCCACAUACACAGAUGAAUCCUCCGGCUAAUCAAUAUGUUCAAUCUGCUGGAAUGAUGGUUGGGGGAAUUCCUUAUGGAUAUGGAUCGAACAACAACCUACAACCUCCACCCCCACCUCCUUUGCCCCCACAUGUGGCAAUGGGGUUAACUAGGCCAAAUGCUCAGUCAUCACAAUCACCUCAAUCACAAGCCCAGCAAGUGCAGCAGCAACAACAGUCGUCAACUGGAGGAUUUUACAGGCCACCUGGGUUUUAUGGGCCAACCCAUCCAUCAACAUCACCAGCACCGGCACCUAGGCAGUAAGUACGGUUUAAAGACGAACAACAAAAACCACUUUUGAAAAUCGUUGUAUGCAGAUGAUUUUCUUGCAGGCUGUGUAAUAUAAUGUAUAUUACUAGAGAGUUAGAGAAUUAGGUGCUGCUUGAAUUCUGUAACAUCGUCCCCUUCUACCGCACUUUUGAAUGAGUCGUAGGUUUUAACAUCAUUAUUAGUUGAUAUUUGACCGGUUCUUUAAAAGAAGGAACCUGAAUGACCUAUUGGGACCCUCACUAGUUGUUUUGAAGAACUAAAUACCCUUGUUUUGGGGCA